AUGGUUUGGUGGAUAGAUAAAAAACAAAGCGAUGAAGACUAUCAUAUGUAUGAUAAGUUUGAUAUUCAAGAGGAUAGAAUUUUUCAAUCAGUCAACGUCAUGUUCAAUUUUGCUGAAAAACUAUUCGACGUGUACCACAUCCGUGCAUUGCUAAAAAGUGGAGUGAACAUUUUCAACAUUGAUCGAACGAUAAUUGACAGUUCGUCUUCUAAUAUGAUAAAAAAAGCUAUAUCGGACUUUAAUGAACCUGAAAUGUAUCCUAAGCCAUUUUACAGACCUGUGUGCAUAGCAGUUACUAUAUCUGUUACUAAGCCGGUGACUAUUGAAACCGAUGUUAAUUUAAUUAUUUUGAAAGAUGUGUCAAGCAAACAAGACGUGGUCGACUUUACAGCGGCAAAUAGAGAUUGGAACCUACCAAUUUUAGUGUGGGUUUCAAAGUAUUGCGGUGAACUAAAUAUGAUUGAAUUAAUACAUGUUGCCCAUGGAAUUGUAUUGGAUCAAUCAUCAAUGAAUAAUGAAGAUGCACAUAAUGUAAUACAGCUUUGUAAAAAGCAAAGAAAAUCAAUAUUCUGGCUCAAACCUGAAAUAUGGGAAGAUACUAGUAAUAUUAAAGGAAGCAAAAGGAAACUUUUUGUGAUAGCGUCUCAAAUAGUCCAAAAUGGUGUAGAUGGAAUAGUCGUUAAUGGAUCAGAAACUAACAUUCAACUUCAAACCGAUAUUAUAAGGAAUGUAGUAGAGGCCAUGCGACUGGCUGAAGAUAAUCGAGAUUCAAAAGCUGAAUUUGGAAAAUUACGAAAACAGAUUACAACUCCUCAAAUUGCACCAAUAACGGUAGCAAUCGCUGCUUCACACACGGCUUUGAAUAGUAGAGCAUCUGCUAUUAUUAUUCUAACAUCUACUGGGAAGACGGCUCGGCUGGUCUCAUGGGCUGCACCACCAUGCCACAUCGUUGCAGUCACUACUAAAGAAACUGCUGCAGUACAAAUGCACCUGUACAGAAAAGUUAUACCCGUUGUUUAUAAAGCAGUCUCGAAAAGUAGAGCGGCUUCUAUCGUUCUCCUGACGUCUACUGGGAAGACGACUCAGCUGGUCUCAUGGGCCGCACCACCAUGCCACAUCGUCGCAGUCACUACUAAAGAAACUGCUGCAGUACAAAUGCACCUGUAUAGGAAAGUCAUACCCGUUGUUUAUAAAGGCUCUCGAGUUGGAAACUGGCGAGAGGAGUGCCGAAAGAGGGUACUUUUUGGCACCGAGCUCGCGGCAAAGACUGGCCUGUUCGGUGACGGAGCCAAAUUAGUGGUGAUGGCGCCCUCUGGAGAAGGAGUCAGGUACUGCGACGGCUUCCAAAUGGUUACUGUGCCGUUUAGAUGUGACGUGUAAGCGGUUAACGUAAUUUUAAGUUCCUUACCAAUGAAGUUGAACAGUGUUUUGUUUUGUGGAAUUAUUUUCUUACUAAACGUUCACAGUCUUUUGUUUUGUAGAAUUCCGUUUCUAACUUUAUCUUUUCAAUAAUACCAUACACUCUAUGUCUAUGAUGUAACAGUAGAUAUACGAGUAGAAUACUUUACGAUAAAGCAAUCUAGAUAGGAAUUAAAAGUCUCUUUUAACCACUUCACGUUAUUUUACUAUUAGGAAGUUACUUCUAAUAUAGACAAUUUUUGGGUUCACAGGUUUAAAGAGAUAUAGUUAUUGGUAAUCAGCAACCCUCUUUUGUUAGAUUAGACUAGAUUUUGUCAGUAUGGCAUUAUAAUUAUAUCGUAGU